GAAGCAGUCUGCAAAGGGUUCUAGACGUUAACGGUUCUUCUUAAUAUCAAACUCAAAACCAAGAGCAAAAUCGUUGCGUGCGUUCUAACAGUUUCUGAUUGUUUAAAUCAAGUGAAGAAAGUGCUAUAAAAAAUAUACAUUCAACUAUUUGCUGCAGUUAUUAAAGUAACCUCAGCAAAUAUACACGGCAGUAAAACUACCAAACAAAUUCAAUAAAAAAAAGAAGUUGAAAUGGAUUCUGCUGCAGCUGCUGCCGCCAAGCGCGUACAAAUCGAGAAGGCACACAAUUUUAUGCGUCAAUAUCGUGAUCCCGAGUCGCGGGAACUGAAGAAACUGUCGGCAAAUCAGUUUAUGGAUGUGUGGGCGCACUACGAUAAAGAUGGCAACGGCUACAUUGAGGGCACGGAAUUGGAUGGCUUUCUGCGUGAGUUUGUGUCCAGCGCCAAUGCCACUGACAUCAGCCCCGAGGCUGUCACUGACACAAUGCUGGAGGAGCUGAAGUCCUGCUUUAUGGAGGCCUACGAUGAUAAUCAGGAUGGCAAAAUCGAUAUCCGAGAGCUCGCACAACUUUUGCCCAUGGAGGAAAAUUUCCUUUUGCUCUUCCGCUUCGAUAACCCCUUGGAAUCAAGCGUCGAAUUCAUGAAGAUCUGGCGUGAAUACGAUACUGAUAACUCUGGUUACAUUGAAGCGGAUGAGCUUAAGAAUUUCUUACGUGACUUGCUCAAAGAGGCCAAAAAGAUCAAUGAUGUCUCCGAGGAUAAGCUUAUUGAAUACACAGACACCAUGCUCCAAGUUUUCGAUGCCAAUAAGGAUGGCCGUUUGCAGCUCUCGGAAAUGGCCAAACUACUUCCGGUUAAGGAGAACUUCCUAUGCCGUCAGGUAUUCAAGGGUGCUACCAAACUGACCAAGGAGGACAUUGAGAAAGUCUUCUCAUUAUACGAUCGCGAUAACAGCGGUACCAUUGAGAAUGAGGAGCUGAAGGGCUUCCUGAAGGAUCUGUUAGAACUGGUCAAGAAGGAUGACUAUGAUGCUCAGGAUCUGGCUGCAUUUGAGGAGACAAUCAUGCGAGGCGUUGGUCAUGACAAACAUGGCAAGAUCUCACGCAAAGAGCUGACCAUGAUUUUACUGACCCUGGCCAAAAUAUCGCCUGAAGAUGAGCAGUAAGAUUUUAGUGUCCGUCGAUGCCAACGAAACGAACCGUAAGAUUUGUUAGCACAACAGCACAACAAUAUAAAUAUAUAUUUUUGUUACCAAUUUGGGUAAACGGCAGAGUUUUUUGGCCACAAUGCCAAUCGAUUACUUUAAUAAGGCCCCAUUCAUAGGUGGCUAGCUGAGAGGAAAGCAACUCCCGAAAUGCAAAACCUCUGCAAAAUAAAUAUAUUAAAAUAAAUUAAAGAUUACAAAACAAAAAAUUGAUAAAUUGACAAAUUGAUGAAGCGCUAAAUUUCCAUCAAAAUUACAAAGCAAAUAUAAGCUAAUAUAAAUGUUUCAAAUUAAAUAAAUGUUUAUGCAUGUUAAGCUUUUGAAAGUCUAUUUCCUAAACAACAACAACAUCAACAACUACCAAGGCAUAAGAACCCAACAAUAUUAUGUACUAUGUGUAUUCGUAAUUUAACAAUAAAUAAUAAUAGUAUGAAAUAUACUUACUUAUAAAACUAAAGUAAUUACUUUUAUGAUAAUGCAACUCGAAACCAGCCAGAAACACACAAAAAACAAAAAAACAAA